ACACACAAUUGACACAACGAGCCACAGGAGGGUGAGAGUGGACGACAUCGAGGGCGCCAAACCAUUUUCAAAUUACAAUUCCUUUUUAGAAAUUCUCAUUUGUUGCUUUGACAUAAUCCUUGAUUCUACUUGCUCUUUCAGUACCACAAAUCCACAAUUAUCUUUUCUUGAUUUCUCCUUAUCUUCAUUCUACUAAUUCCAAAACCCUAGAAAAAUGGGGGAAAAAUCUCCCCAAACUGAUAUACAGAAGCUAUUAUCUUACUGCGACGACCUUGUUGGUGUUCUUGCAGACAAGAAAGACUAUAACGCGCUCAAUUUUUGCCUUGAGCUAUCAAAGUCAGUCAAAUCGUUUUCUGAUUCUGAUUUUAACGCUACCCAGAUUGCCAUUUCAGAUUACGAGAAAAAGAUAAAUGAUUGCAAGCACAAAAUAGAAGUUACGCAAUCUGAAGUAGUCUCUGAUGAAGAAGUGGACCGCCUUCAGAAAGAGCUCGACGAGGAAGUCAUAAAAGAGCAGUUGCUUCGAGAGGAUCUUAGAGUGAUUGUUGACAAGAUUAAUGACUUAGAUAAUCAGCAACUUUCGAUAGAGGAACAUAAUCAGCGGCUGAAGAAACUUAAAGCAGAACUUGAGAAAGAUGAGAAGAUACUUUCAUUCUAUGCAUCUGUCACAAACAUUCUUCCAGGCGAGGAGAAUCAAUCGAAAAUCUCAGGAUACAUCGUGGAGCAUAAUAAAAAGCCAGUCGAGAAAUUUGAAUUUGAUCUACAACAAGAAAGUUCCUUCGACAUAUGCAAUAAGACUUGGAAGAUGAUAAAGCCAUAACUUGUUGAGCGGUGUUCCAUUCAUCAGCAUGUUAUAUAUGUAUGAUUAUACUGAUUUCGCACUACUAAUUUUUGUAGCGAGACUAGCUUUUCUGUAUAUUUUGCUAUCAUUUUCUUAUAAAUUCUUCCUUUUCUAAUUCUUAUGUUGUAACUUUAUACCUUCAAAUCGAGAUUCUUAAUCAAGAACACUUUGAAGGUCUUCGUUCAUCAUUACCCGUUUAUGAUCUUUGAAUCGUUUGAAUCGUAAGGUUUGGUGCAAGUUAUC